AUGAGCACUUACAGUGACGAGACGUUACUGUGGCUAAUAGGUGACUGCUUCCGAAACAAACUGAGAAAUCUCAUUCAAGUGGAGCCAGUGCUGGAUUACAUCCACUUCAUUGAGAGAGAUAAAAAGGAUGUAAUCCUGAAUAAAGCGAAGUCUGAGAGCAACCAUCGAGCAGUCGAUAUGCUUAUAGAUACUAUAAUUGCCAUGCCACGGCGGGCCGGAUGGUUUAGAGAAUUUCUGAACGCUCUUAUGAUGGCAGGAUGUAAAUACGCUGCGAGAAUAGUGGAUUCAGACGAAAACUCCAGUCCCGAUAUGGACGCGGAGAACGACUACUGUGUUCAGUUAAUAAAUCUUCUUGCUCCCAGUCUCGUACGGAUGAAAACGGCUGAUGUUUGCCUGGUUGGCUACGCAUUGGAUAUUCUCAAUGCCGACGAUAAGGAAAAUAUCGAAGCGGAGACACGAAACAGGGGAAACAUGAGUGGUGCCCGUGUUCUCUUGCGGCGAAUCGUUCAGAAACCGCCAGGCUGGUUCUCUACGUUUCUAGAGGUGCUUAGAAAAACCGGGCAUCCGGACUUGAUCCGAGAGCUAACUGGAACACCUCCAUCUGAACUCACGUGUGUUAAUGGAAAUGAGAAUCAAAUACAGGGAACGCCCAUUGGAAACCUCAACGGAUUAGAUCAUGCAAUAUCCACGCCAACAGAGAUCGAGCUGUACUGCUCUGACGUCAGCCACGAGGAAGAUUUGGAUCAGGACGAAGACGUGGAUUCGGCAGAAGCAGGCGGCCAUGGUGCUGCUGACGGAGCGGCGGCGGAUGCAGGGGAGGCGGACAUCGCUCUCUGGGAUUACCAGAUGGAGGUAGCUAAGCCUGCCCUCCAAGGAAAAAAUGUUAUUAUCAGCCUCCCGACGGGCAGCGGGAAAACCAGAGUGGCCCUACACAUAACCAAAGACCACCUUGACCACAGAAAACAGCAGGGUCUUCCUGGGAAAGUGGCCGUGCUCGUUAACCGGGUCGUUUUGGUGGAGCAACACUACAACAAAGAGUUCAGCAAGCUUCUAAAGCACCGUUACUGUGUGGAAAGGAUCAGUGGUGAAUCCAAGCUCAAAUUAGCCUUCUCCGAAAUGGUGAAAACCAAUGACGUCAUCAUCUGUACAGAUAUGAUACUGGAGAACUUCUUAGCAAGGGCCAUGUCUGAGGAGGAUAAUGGAAUCAACCUCUCAGAUUUUUCCCUCAUUAUUAUUGAUGAGUGUCACCACACACAGAAAGGGGACGUGUACCAGCAGAUACUGAUCCGCUACCUGACCCAAAAAUUCAAGAAUGAAAAGAACAGGAAGGAGCGAAAACCAGAGCUUCCUCUACCUCAGAUCCUGGGCCUCACAGCUUCACUUGGGGUUGGAGGAGCCAGCCAAACUGAAAAAGCCCAAGAGCAUAUCCUCAGGAUAUGUGCUAAUCUGGAUGCAUCCGCAAUAAUGACUGCAGAUUUGAGCGAUCGGACCAAAGGACCAUUCAAGAAAGUCAAAAUGGCCAGUAGGAGACAACAGGAUCCUUUUGGUGAUGUCAUCAGAGAGAUCAUGAAGAGCAUUGAAGAACACGCAAGACUGCGUCCCUCAGCAGAACCAGGCACCCAGUGUUAUGAACUCUGGGUAGUGGAUCAAGAGAAGCAAGCUGCCAGGGAAGGAGAUCAACGCAUUCGAGUGUGCUCCAAACACCUCCGUCAGUACAAUGAGGCUUUGGUUCAAAGCAACACCAUCCGAAUGGCCGACGCCUUUGGCCUCCUCCACAAAUUCUACAAGGAGGAGUACCAAAAAAAGUAUCCCACCGAAGAGGGAGAAAGAGUGCGGCUGACCGACACAGAGAAGUUUCUGUUCAAGUUGUUUCAAGAUAAGAAGCAGAACCUUCGGGAUCUGGUGAACCAGCCUCAGUUUGAGAACAGAGCGUUGGCGUUACUGCGUGAGACCAUCCUGCAUGAGUUCACGUCUAGAAAUAAGGCCAGGGGGAUCAUUUUCACUGAAACGCGACUUAGUGCCAUCGCCUUGCAUCACUGGAUUCAGCAAAACGACAAAUUCGAAGAGGCAGAGGUGAGAUCGAGCUAUCUCAUUGGAGGAGGGGACCAGAGUGCCGUGAGGCCAAUGACUUCGAGGGAUAAAGACAUUGUUCUCGGGAAGUUCCGUUCAGGGGAAAUAAACCUACUAGUGGCAACAACAGUAGCUGAGGAAGGCCUAGACAUAGAAGAGUGUAACGUGGUCAUUCGGUAUUGCCUGGUCACCAAUGAGAUCGCCAUGAUUCAAGCCAGGGGAAGAGGAAGGGCUGAAGACAGUAGCUACAUUGUGAUUGGAGUGGAAGGAUCUGGAGUUUCUGAGCGCGAGCGUGUGAACGAGUCCAGGGAGAAAAUUAUGACCAAAGCAAUUCAGAGGGUCCAGCAGAUGAGUCAGAAAGAGUAUCAAGAGAAGGUGAAGACAUAUCAGCUGGAGGCAAUUUUGGAGAAAAAAUGUCGCACGAGAAGGAGCGAAGAGAAAAAAAAGAAAAAGAAGGACCCGUCAUCCGUGAGGCUCCGUUGCCGUGGCUGCGAACAGGCCGUGUCUCCCGGAACGGACGUUGAAGUCAUUUCCGGUGCACAUCACGUCAUAAUGACAGACGACUUCAAAAAAAAGUUCAGAGUCUUGAAAACUAAAAAUCAGACACUCCCCCAAGCUGAAACCAAAGUCGUUGCAUGUAAAGGAUGUGGACAUAACUGGGGUUUCAUGAUGUGUCAUCGCGGAAUCGACUGUCCCUGUAUUAACAUCCCUGGUUUUGUGGUGUCUGUUAACGGGGAUGUGGGAACGUUCGACAGCUGGACGGAUCUCGACGUGGAAUUCCCUGCUUUUGACUACUUUUCUCACGCCUCUCGCUUUAUGUUUGACUCCGACGAGGAGAUCAGCAGUUAG